GUUUGCCGAACUUCCCCGAAGAUGACGAGGGCGAGCGUGUGGAACCGAGAAGAGGUAAAGAAGACGACGACGACGAAAAAGAAGAGGAUGAUGAACUGAUGCUACUCUGAGCGGAGGAUGGGAGGAAGAGUAGAGGAAAAGACGUGUGAAUGAGAGAGUCGGGAGGAGGAGGAGAAAGCCAAGAUUGUCGCGAGAGGGCCAAUUCAAGGCUGAUGUUUUGGAGGAGUGAUCCGUGGCGGAAACUUUGAACUUUUUUUUUUUUAACCGCCACUCGUUCGGCUUGUUGUGCCCAGGAGCCGGCCGGCUUUGUCUUCCGACGCGGGCGUCUAUAAAUGGACUAAAACAGAGCCUACGGUCGUCUUCUUCUCAUUAGCCUGGAGCUCUUAACUAAAGAAUGGCGGCCAACAUGUAUCGAGUGGGAGAUUACGUGUACUUUGAGAAUUCUUCCAGCAACCCGUACCUGAUCCGGAGGAUAGAAGAGCUCAACAAGACGGCUAACGGCAACGUGGAGGCCAAGGUUGUGUGUCUCUUCAGAAGACGGGACAUCUCAGGCAACCUCAACACGCUUGCCGACAGCAACGCAAGGGAAUUCGAGGAGGAGUCCAAGCAGCCGGCGCUGGCCGACCCGCAGAAGCACCAACUCAAACACAGAGAACUUUUCCUCUCGCGACAGUUUGAAUCGCUCCCGGCCACUCACAUCAGGGGGAAAUGUAAUGUCACCCUCCUCAACGAAACGGAUGUCUUGGCGGGAUAUUUGGAGAAAGAGGACUGCUUCUUCUAUUCGCUGGUGUUCGACCCAGUCCAAAAGACCCUGUUGGCCGACCAGGGAGAGAUCCGGGUGGGCUCCAAGUACCAGGCGGAUGUGCCCGAAAAGUUAGUGGAGGGCGAAUUGGACAAUCGGAUCCAGGAGAAGCUGGAGACCAAAGUGUGGGAUUCCGAUAACCAACUCAAAGACACCCAGAUUGACCAGUUUCUGGUGGUGGCGAGAGCCGUGGGGACGUUUGCCAGAGCCCUGGACUGCAGCAGCUCCAUCCGCCAGCCCAGCCUGCACAUGAGCGCCGCGGCUGCCUCUCGAGACAUCACGCUGUUCCACGCUAUGGACACGCUGCAAAAGAACAACUACGACCUGGCUGAAGCCAUGUCCGCGCUGGUGCCCCAGGGGGGUCCCGUGCUCUGUCGCGACGAGAUGGAAGAAUGGAGCGCCUCCGAGGCCAUGUUGUUUGAGGAAGCGCUGGAGAAAUACGGCAAAGACUUCAACGACAUCCGUCAGGACUUUCUCCCUUGGAAGUCUUUAGCCAGCGUGGUCCAGUUCUACUACAUGUGGAAGACUACAGACCGCUACAUUCAGCAGAAACGACUAAAGGCAGCAGAAGCGGACAGUAAGCUGAAGCAGGUCUACAUCCCCACCUACACCAAACCUAACCCCAACCAGAUCAUGGUGCCGGGAAACAAACCCGGCAUGAACGGGGCAGCGGGGUUUCAGAAAGGACUCAACUGCGAGAGCUGUCACACGGCCCAGUCACCUCAGUGGUACGCCUGGGGGCCCCCCAACAUGCAGUGCCGACUGUGCGCCACCUGCUGGAUCUACUGGAAAAAGUACGGCGGCCUGAAAACCCCCACGCAGCUUGAGGGCGGCGCAAGAAGCGGCUCGGAACCGGGUCCCCGCGCUCACAUGACGCGCCAGGAGGUGCAGGGCCUGUCGCCGUUCACCCGCAACGAGGGCCGCGCCAAGCUGCUGGCCAAGAACCGCCAAACCUUCAUCUUGCAGACCACAAAGCUGACCCGCGUGGCCCGGCGGGUCUGCCAGGACAUCCUGCAGCCUCGACGGGCGGCGCGGCGGCCGUACGCCUCCAUCAACGCCAACGCCGUCAAAGCCGAGUGUAUGAUUCGGUUGCCCAAGGCCACAAAAACUCCUCUCAAGACCAAGUUGAUUCCCAGACCGUCGCUGGCUAACAUCGUCAAGGAUUUAGCUAUCUCGGCUCCCCUCAAACUGAAGGCGUCCAGGGGACCCCCGACGCCCAUCAACAGGAACCAGGCCAGCCAGCCUAGGGUGGGCCCGGGUCUGCUGGGAAAAAGAGGCUUCGACAGCGCCACGGGAACGCCCUACUCAGCCAACGGGAGGUCGUACACGUCGGGGAUGAGAACCACCUCCCAGUCCGUCAUUAAGAGGCAGAAGGUCAGCCAAGGAGAAGCCCCCAACCCCGUGGUCUUCGUGGCCACCAAGGACACCAGGGCUCUGAGGAAACACCUGACCCAAUCGGAGAUGCGGCGGGCGGCUCGGAAACCUCACCUCCCCGUCCGGAUCAAGCUGCCGCCGCCCCCUCGUCCCCCGCCCGUCCCCCUGCUCCCCUCCAGCACCAGCGAGCCCAUCGUCCUGGAAGACUAAAUGGGGCCACGCCAUUUGUCUUCUAGUUUCUCUCUCGACCUCUCUCGUCUCCCGCCCGUGGAAUUUUCCAUACACACGACAGCUCAGGCUUUUAUUCCAGGUCCUGGAUAACGUUUUUUAAUACCGCCAGUUUUUAAACAAGUCAUUUAAAGUCAAACAGACAUUCUCUUUUCUUCCCCGAAGCAUUUUUUUUUUUUGGACGACCAAGCACGCCGCGCGUGAAUUUGCGCGUCGCCGUGCGUGUCCGAAAUCAAGGGGCGAAGCUUUAACAGGAACGUUUUUAUUCCGCGGACGUCACAAACACUGGCAAGCACAAAACAACUCGCGCGCUAUUUGAAACGAACCUCAAAAAUCCCCCGAAAGCCAAAUAUUUGUCCAAUGUAAAAUCUACUAAGGCUGGUUUUGUUCUCGUUGAACCAGUAGCGGCGCCACAAAAUUGGUCCGCGCCCUCGACUUUCAAUCACUUUAUUUUAAAGCGUCCCCUAAAUACGCACACACAACUUUUUUGAUGAAAGGCUUAAUUGUAUGAUAAUAAUUCUGGAAUUCCACAGCACUUGAGGGUCGCGAGGAUUUUUUUUUUCAAGCAGUUUUGGACCCAAUGUGGGGUUAUAUUGGGUGAAAAAUAAUGAGUGAGUGGAGCAAAUAGUCUGUAAAAUCAAACUGGGUUAUUGGAAACAUUUGAUUUUUUUUUUCCGCAAAUGUGAAGCACAUCACUGAGCUCCAAUAUGGCUGUGAUGGCAUUGAAAUGUAACAAAAACGGGGGUGGGUUCUGACUUUUUUUUUAAUGGGCAGCAAAAGACAUAGGCGACAAUUUUUUCAUUCAAUUCCAGCUCCUCUGUAUCCUGUAAUGUCUCUUGAUAAGAAAAGAAAUAAAGUUUUUUUUUUGUGGUCAAGCAAUUGGAGGUUUUCUUUUCUUAGAUUAGACUAGCAGUAUGGCCCGGCGUUGCUCAGGUUUGUUACUUAGUAAUUACUUAGUAAUUACUUAGUACUUUAAACUUCGCGCCCUCAGUCCAUCACGGAUUUUAUUUCAAUUUAAAAAACAAAAGUACAGAUGAGCUGAUCCGGUCGCAUAGUCUCACUCUCGCUCCCUCCCUCCCUCUUGUUAAACUUGUUAAACAGUUGCUGUGGCAACUCAUUGUGUGUAAGAGGAUUUGAGUUGACUCUAUGAAGCGUUGCGAGUGCUACCUUGGAACAGACAGGCUAUGUGUGCGCAAGCGGGGGGAUAAGGAAGCAAGCGCUGGAAUGUGUGUGUGUGGCGACGUUCGAGGCAGCCAGACGUGGUGUGUUCGCGGUAAUAAACGCCACAUGUUAAAAUUGGUCCUGAGCAGUUUGU